AUGGGUACUGUCUCGGACACUUAUAAAGUAGGGGACUACCGUAUGGGUACUGUCUCGGACACUAAUAAAGUAGAAGACUACCUUAUGGGUACUGUCUCGGACACUAAUAAAGUAGUGGAUACUGUCUCGGACACUAAUAAAGUAGAGAAAUACCUUAUGGGUACUGUCUCGGACACUAAUAAAGUAGUGGAUACUGUCUCGGACACUAAUAAAGUAGAGGACUACCUUAUGGGAGCUGUCUCGGACACUAAUAAAGUAGAGGACUACCUAAUGGGUACUGUCUCGGACAAUAAUAAAGUAGGGGACUACCAUAUGGAUACUAUCUCGGACACUAAUAAAGUAGGGGACUACCAUAUGGAUACUGUCUCGGACACUGAUAAAGUAGGGGACUACCUUAUGAGUACUGUCUCGGACACUAAUAAAGUAGAGGACUACCUUAUGGGAACUGUCUCGGACACUAAUAAAGUAGAAGACUACCUAAUGGGUACUGUCUCGGAGACUAAUAAAGAAGAGGACUACGUUAUGUGUACCGUCUAA